AUCGGCGACGCCCUAGUGAAACUGAAAUACCCGUAUGGAGGCUUCUUGGAUGGUCUAUCGAUGUAUUCGGCUCCCAGAACGCCGGGCGCUCCAGCGAGAAUAUUCGGCCCUGCCAUCACGGUAGAGAUGGUCGAAGUGAGCAACACGACCGCUGUCUCCAGAGCGGCACUUCGUGGACAACAGCGAAGAUGGCGGUGUCAUGUAUAUCAAGCAGCCACCAGGGCUGUUCUCGGCGUGCUGGGGCGGCCUGAUGAGUACGCGGGCGAAGUAUCUCGGCGCGAAGGGCGUGGUUGUCGAUGGCCGGAUCAGGGACGUCGAUGAGCACCGCGAGAUGGGCUUUCCGGUCUUUGCAAAGUCGACUUCCAUCCUAGGCAGUAACACGUUCACAAAGGCUUCAAGAAUUAAUGUCCCCUCCCAGUUCAAAGGGGAUCUUUGGAUCCAUCCAGGUGAUUUCCUGGUUGGAGAUGCUGAUGGCGUCGUGGUGGUCCCCCCUAGCUUGAUCGAGCAGGUGGUUGAGUUGUGCAGACAGUGUGCUGAGAUCGAUGAGAAAAUGCUACUGGGCUUGAAGCAUGGGGAGUCCAUGGGUGAUCUGAUCAAAAAAAAUAGAUCU